AUGAGUUUAGCAACAUCAAGGAUUUUUGCUAAUCCACUUUACGAUGAAAUUUGGAAGUUCUGGAUUCGCAAAAUCGUUACCGUCAUUGUGCCUUUUGUUGCACUGGCUUGGUUCAAUCUCGCCAUUGUUCUGAACGUUCGCAACAGUGAUCGGGAUCAAACUGUCAAAGCUUUGGUGAUGUUCACAACUGUGGGCACGAGAGCUGAAGUAACAAAACUUCGAUCACGUCUUCGAACUGUCACGAGAAUGCUUGUGAUGGUAGUCUGCUGCUAUCUCGCUGCCAAUAUC